AUGGAUCCUGCAAGUGUUAGGGAUCCUGAGAUGGAGGACCUCUUGUCAAGAUUCCAUUUACUUAUUCCGGAUCCUCAAAUCGUCGGAGGUACUGAGGCUGAGAUAAGUCAGUAUGCUCACCAACUGAGUUUACAAACUACAGGACACAUUUGCGGUGCUUCAGUGAUCAGUUCUCAAUGGGUCAUCACUGCAGCCCAUUGUGUAACAUCAUCAGCCAGUCGAUACAGUCUACGAGCAGGUAGUAACUAUAAAGAUCAAGGCACUCGUUACACCGUAAAAAGAGUCAUAGUACAUCCUAAUUACAAUUCUAAAACUAUUGAUUACGAUGUAGCUCUUUUACAGGUAUGUGAAAAAAAUUAC